UUUUUUUUUUUUUUUUCAUCAUCUUCAAUCUUUAGCUACACAAAGAGCCCGACAAAUUAUUGUCCUCUCUGCACCUCGAAUCGAAUCCACUCGCCAAUCAUUCCCUCGAGACGACCAGAAACACACGAAUCGACAUCAAGAUGAGCCCAAAGCCCGUCAUUGGCCUUCUGGGUGGCGGCCAGCUUGGCCGGAUGCUGUGCCAAGCUGCAGCUCCCCUCGACGUCGAAAUCGCCAUUCUCGACGCGGAGAAUGCGCCGGCCAAGCAGAUCAACGAUAACAGCCACAACAUCAAUGGCUCCUACAAGGACGCGGCCAAGAUCAAGGAGCUGGCCUCUCACUGCAGCGUGCUCAGCGUCGAGACGGAGCACGUCGACACGACCGUGCUGGAGGAGAUUGCGACGACGACAAAGGUUGCCGUUUGCCCGUCAUGGAAGACGCUGCGUCUGAUCCAGGACAAGUACGAGCAAAAGGCAUACCUGGCCAGCAAAGGAAUCCCCGUGGCGGAAUCCGUGGCCAUUGAGGGCUCUGGCGAUGCCAUGUACGCCUCUCUCAAGGCCGUCUCGGGCAAGUUUGGAUAUCCCUGGAUGCUCAAGGCCAGAAAGGACUCGUACGACGGCCGAGGAAACCUCAAGAUCUCGAGCGAGGCCGAUCUGGACCGUGCCGUCGCCGAGUUUGGCAACUUCAGCUGCUACGCCGAGAAGUUCGUCCCUUUCCAGUGCGAGCUGUCUGUGCUGGUCAUCCGCACCGAGGACGACGAGGGCCGAACAAAGCAGCUGUUGCCCUACCCGGCAGUCGAGACAGUCCACGAGGACAACAUCUGCUCGCGAGUCUACAUGCCUCCUCGUGCCACCCCUGCUUCUGUUUGUGAGCGCGCCCAGCAGGUUGCCAGCAGCGUGGUGGACAAGCUCUGGGGCAGAGGCAUUUUCGCCGUCGAGACUUUUGUGACUCAGGACAAUGACAUCCUGGUCAAUGAGAUUGCGCCUCGGCCACACAACUCGGGCCAUCUCUUUAUCGAGGCAGUGCCAUACAUGUCACAGUUCAAGGCACAGCUCACCUCAAUCCUGGACGAGACUCUGCCCGCCAAAAUCGAGCCCCACGUCUCUUCCAGCAUCAUGAUCAACAUCCUCGGAGGCGCCAACCCCGACUCCCAUCUCCCGCUUGUCGAAAAGGCAAAGUCCAUGUACGGCAACAAAAUGUCCGUCUACGUCCACCUCUACGGCAAGGAGUCCAAGCCUAGCCGGAAAAUUGGCCACAUCACAGUCACCGGCGUCGUUGCCAGCAUAUCAGAGCUCGAAGAGUUUGCGAAGCCACUCGUAGACAUGGCCAGCAUCGUCAGACAAGAGAGACUACAGGCGGGAAGCAAGUCUCUCCGCCCAGAGCAGGGAGUUUCCAAGCCAAAGGCGGCACCGCUCGUCCUCGUCACCAUGGGCUCGGACUCGGAUCUUCCUGUUCUCAAGGCUGGCAUCGACAUCCUGAACCAGUUCGGUGUGCCAUGGGAGGUGGACAUCACUUCAGCGCACCGUACGCCAGCCAAGAUGGCCGAUGUGGCCACGAAAGCAGCUGCCCGUGGCAUCAAAGUCAUCAUCGCGGCUGCAGGAGGAGCCGCUCAUCUGCCUGGAAUGGUCUCGGCUUACACACCCUUGCCCGUGAUUGGUGUCCCGGUCAAGGCCACGCAUCUCGACGGAGUAGAUUCUCUGUACUCCAUUGUACAAAUGCCUCGAGGCGUACCGACCGCCACCGUCGGCAUCAACAAUUCGACCAAUGCGGCUCUCCUUGCCAUCAGAUGCUUGGGCGCCUUUAUCCCCGAGUUCCACAACAAGAUGAAGGCGUACCAGCUCGAAAACGAGAAGCAGGUUGAAGAAAAGGCCAACAAGCUGCGAGAGAUUGACGUGGAUGCGUAUCUGGCGCAAAUGAAGAAAUGAACGAAGAAAUAAGCAAGGAAUGAUGUUUGAAUAGGUGUGUUUGUUUCAUUUUAUAUUCGCCGUUGCUCUACAACGCUACAAAAAGUACGAGUAGCGCAAGAAGUAGGCGGAUCCGGUUAGACAUGUCCAAGGAGAAUUUAUAAUGCACCACGGGCUAGGAAGAGACGGCGAAAGUGAUCAUCGUGGCUCCCCGUAGAGGAAGGCGUAACGCCGAUUGUAUUUUACAUAUUACAGCCAUGUACCGUAGAUCGGUUCUUGGAAACAGCGCCCGAUCGCGUGUAUCUCGUGGAUCUUCACUCUCGACUGUGAAUCUUUCAUGGAGUAACGCAUCUCACUGAGAUUAAGGCACUGCUUUACACGUAGCUAGAAAUAUACCCAUCCAUAGAGACUGUUAUCAUGGC